ACAUGUCCUAAAAUUCCCAUUCCCACCCUCUAUUCCUGUACAAAACACCCCCCUUAGAGGAAAAGGAUAUCAACGAUUCCGGUUAUCAAACUUUGCCGACGAAAUCGUUCAGAAAAUCGCCGAAUCUCCCGAAAAUCAAAUUUAGAAUCAAUCACUUUAGGGUAAUUUGUAGGAUUAGUUCUUUGAUUUUCAGAUGAAUUUGAAGGUAUUAUAACUGAUGUCAAUAUUUUGGGUUGUUCGUCAGCUUGCAUAUAUCCAGGAAUCCAUGGCGACAUCGAAAAAAGUGAUAACAAAGGAAGAAUGGGAGAGAAAACUUAAUGAUGUAAAGAUUAGAAAGGAGGAUAUGAACAAACUAGUGAUGAAUUUUCUUGUUACUGAGGGUUAUGUUGAUGCUGCGGAAAAGUUUCGUUCGGAGUCUGGAACCGAGCCGGAUAUUGAUCUUGCAACGAUCACAGAUCGAAUGGCGGUUAAGAAGGCUGUACAGUGUGGAAAUGUAGAGGACGCGAUUGAGAAAGUUAAUGAUUUGAAUCCGGAGAUACUUGAUACAAACCCACAACUGUUUUUCCAUCUUCAACAACAAAGAUUGAUAGAACUGAUCAGGAAUGGGAAGAUAGAAGAGGCUUUGGAGUUUGCUCAGGAAGAGCUUGCUCCGAGGGGGGAAGAAAAUCAAAGCUUCCUAGAAGAGUUGGAGAGAACUGUUGCACUCCUUGCCUUUGAAGAUGUCUCUAACUGCCCAGUUGGGGAGCUUCUGGACAUCUCACAACGUUUGAAGACAGCCAGUGAGGUAAAUGCUGCCAUUCUCACAAGUCAGAGUCACGAAAAAGAUCCCAAGCUACCAAGCUUAUUGAAAAUGCUUAUAUGGGCUCAAAAUCAACUCGAUGAAAAAGCUUCUUAUCCUCGAAUAAACGAUUUGUCAUCUGCCAAGCUAGAAGACCCUGCCAUUUAACAGGUGUGCAAGUUGAUGCUCUAUCCCCCUCUAGCUUGUAUCUCAAAGUCAAGCUUAUCGUACCUUGGAUUCAAGCUUGUAAUCUGAAAAGACUUAGUUAGUCUUUCCUCUUGGAUAUAUUGUUAAUAGUUAGGACCAUUUUUCCCAUCUCUCUUUAAAGCUUUUCAGUGACUUUUGAGCCAUUGCCCAUUGCACAGAUGAUAAUUCAUUAAUGUCAGUGCUUUUUAAGUUUUUUGUUGCUCUUCUGGGGAAAUAUACUGGCUUUCUUUGGGGACUUAUAAUGUAUUUUGUUUCUAAUAACUCCCUAAA